AUGGGGACCAUCAACAGGAAGAUCUCCAGGUUCGACAUCACGGCUGUCUACAGCCACCCAAGCGCCAAGGUAGAUAUCGUCCUGGUCCACGGUCUCAAUGGCGACCCACAAAGGACCUGGACGGCCAAGAGCCCGAACGGGAACGGCGCUUUCUGGCCAGUCGACCUCCUUCCCAAGUCUCUGGAGGCAGAGAACGCGCAUGCAAACGUCCUUGUGUAUGGGUACAAUGCCGAUGUGUCAUCCAAGAAACACGGCACCGGCCCCAGCAGCAACUACAUCCACCAGCAUGCCCAGACCCUGGUCACCUUUCUCACGACCUAUCGAAAGAGUAAGAAGACCACGCGCAACCCCAUCAUAUGGGUGGCCCACAGUCUCGGGGGCAUCCUCGUCAAGCGGGCCCUGGAGCAUUCAGACAGCGUGCGUGUUGCCGACCACGAAGACUACCGCUCCAUCUACGUGUCCACAUACGGCAUCAUCUUCCUGGGCACACCCCAUGAUGGCUCUGAACUCGCCUCUUGGGGAUCAGCCCUGCAGGGCAUGGCCGGUCAUGUCCCGAGGAAGUUCUUCGACAGCGAGCCCGUUCUGAUCGAGACCCUGAGAAAAGACAAUGAGACACUGGACAACAUCAACAUCAACUUCCUCAACAUCUAUCAGAGAUUCAAGAUCCAGAUGGUUCACGAGAACCAGAAGACCGACCUGAAGGGGACGAAAUCACUCAUUGUGGACGCGAAGUCUGCGGCACCUCGCUUACCAGGCGUCACAUCUUAUGGCGUGGAGGCAGAUCAUUCGAACAUGUGUAAAUUCGCCGGAUUCGAUGCGCCUGGAUAUCGGACAAUUUCCACGGCCAUCGCGGAAUGGGUCCAAGCAGCGCCUGAUGUCACCAGCGUUCGUUGGAACGUCGAGGACGAUGGUCGCCGUGUCCGAGCCCAACUAGAGAUGAAUGAACGAGCGAGACCAUUUCUUGCACAGUCCGGAAGCUCCUCACAAGUGGCUGGUAUGUUUCAGGUGUCAGAGACCCCGACGCUUUCGUCGCCUAGCAGUGGCGCCGCCCCGUUCAGCAUUGAGCCGGCGGAGUCACACGACGCGGAGUCGCCAGGUGGUCGAGAGGCCCUUUUCAUCCAUCCCGAGGCGUUCCGCCCCAACUCCUACUUCGUCGGCAGGAAAGAGGAGCUUGAUGACCUCCACAGAAUGCUUCAGGAUAAGCGGCGGAGGUCGGAAGGAGGCAUUUUCUGGCUGCGUGCAACAUCGGUCCAGGAACUAGAGGGCGAGUUCUGGCGUGUUGCAAGGACCGCUGCCCUCAAGGAUCUCAUGGACAAGAAGAACUACGACGAGCUGAGAGACAACACCAAGAUCAUAGACAUUGUUCGAGAAUGGUUCAAUGGCUUCGAGGGAUGGCUCAUGAUCCUGGACGGGAUCAUGUUCGACUCGCCAGGCAUAGAACGCUUUGUCCCAGACGUGGCCAAUUCGAGCAUAAUAUUGACAUCCACGGACCCCGCAGCGACCGGCAAUCACCACUUCAACAACCCUCAACUCCUACCACUGCCACUCCUCCCGGCGCAAGAGGCCCAGGAGUUGCUGCUCCUGGAGACAGAGAAAAGGAAGCCAUGGGGCCAAGAAGACCUCAGCCAGGCGACCGAACUGGUGCAGAUCCUAGGACGACUUCCACUGAUGAUCCACUUCAUUUCUCAGCAGAUAAAGGCCAACCAAGAGCCCCUGGCCACCUUUCUCAAGAGAUACCGCACCCGGCCAAAGGUGGGGAAAGUCCCGGCCUACGAAUACGUGCUGGAACAGCUGCAGUCGAGGGGCGCCACUGCCGCUCUGAACGUCAUGUCGAUACUGGUUUUCUUUGACCAAAACAUACCCGUGGAGAUGAUGGCACUAGGCCUUCAUGCCCUCGGCAAAGAAAUACCCUACAAGACGCGUGACGCCUCCACCCAUGGCAAGGGGAGUCUUAGUAAUACCCUGAGAGUAUUGAUAGCCUUCGCGCUGGUUGAGAGGACGGAGACACAGGACGUGUCACCAACCAGCUCGAGAAGCUCCAGGCAAAGCUUUCCCAUCCACUCGGAGAGCUUGGACACUCUGCGGAUACACAGUGUCAUCCAGCGAUACUUCAUCGAGUCCCUCGCAGGGAAGGGCCAACAUGCAUACUGGCUCGAGCGAACCGUCGAGGUUUUCUCAAAGUCCUAUGACGAGGCAGACCGGCGCAUAUCAGAGCAACCCAAAGUCGGCCUCCCGGACGACUACCGGAGAUUCUACAUUCACGGGAAGAAGCUUGCAGAGCACCUCAAACGGUACGAGCGGAGGCAUUCGGCGCUCCAGCCGCUGAGGAAAGAGAUUGAGACGAAACUGGAAGAGAUCCACGACAAGAUCCACGGGCUAUCGGGCAAGAUACAGGCCAUGAUCGUCGAUCAAUCCGAUGAGAUAGCACAAACCUCGAUCUUCGAUAGGACAAACAGCCUAUCAGAGUCGGACUCGGCCACCUCCAGCUCCCAGAGCCAGAGCCAGCAGGACAGUUGGGCCCGGAUGGAUGAGGACGACCCUCGGUUGUACAAUUCCCCAGUCGCAUUCGCGCCUGGCCAGCAGUACGAUGCGUACGGAAUGCCGUUUCCAUACCCAGACGGGAGCACCAUCCCGGCCGAGCCCUAUCAUUACGAGGACGAGCACGAGCGGACACCACAGAUUACGCCCAAGGUUGGCCAGGGCUCGCCGGACCUUGACCAAAACGGCUGGACGACAGUUGUCCCUGUGCAUCAGAGCAACCAAAGGCCCAGGACCGAUUCUCUGAUCAACCAAAGGGGGCAUCACAAGAGCGACUCGGAAAUUGGAGUCAGCCACGGUAUCGCCAGGCCACCCUUUUUUCACACCUCAUCGCCGCGCGGUGGAUCUAGGUCAUCCAGCAAGGGACGCUUGAGCGUGCAUAGCGAAGCCGAGCUGGCUCUUCAAAAGGUGCGGAAGGUAUCGCCACCGGGCCCUCGUGGUGGAAGAGCCGUCCAGGACAAGGGGAGGAGCCUGAGCUCCGGCACGACGACCAGACCACGGGACAUCAUGACCCGUGGAGAGAAUAACUACGCGAGAGUUGCAUCCGGGCUGACGCCCACCGACAAGCCAUCACCAGCCGAGUUCUACCGUGGCUCUGGCGGUAAACCUCUGCCCGGGUCGUCUUGGACUGCCGAGACCGUCAAAAGAUUCAAGGAGGGCCUCAAGCCGACCGGCAGGAAGUCAUCCACUGGGAGCUCAAACAGCAGGACGGCACCAACCCCUGGGAGUGUCCACACCUCGCCCGGAGCAGAAGAAGUAGCAACCAUGCCGCCUUUCCCGCAGGUGACAGGCACGCGGACUGCUAGGUCCAGUCCCGGCGGAGUCACUCCCUUCUACCCCCCCAGCCUACCCGUUGAGAGAAUGACUGGCGAUGGGCGCCGCAACCCUCCACCGAACUUCCACCAGUGGAACACCAGCUCUUACACCCCUGGCCUGGGACGGCUUGAACCCUUGAACCUUCCACGUGGGCAGCAGGGCCUUGACCAGGAUCCCAACGCAUUGCCAUACCCCUUCCCACCAAACGUCUGGUUUCCGGCCCCGGAGGCAGUGUCAGCGCCAAUGUCGAGGAACUCGAGCCAGCAGUCGAGCAACCAGUCGUCAACCGGCAGGAGGCGCGGGGCCAACCUCGCACUCGCGACCUCGGCCACGGCGCUCAGGGGCCGGAGGCACUCGAGCCCCCUGUCCAGCCCCAUAGGCUCAGCGCCGCCGCCGGGCUCCCGCUUCCCGGCACGCGGCCACAGCAGACCGCCCUCGGUGGUUACGGAGCCAAGCCCGCGCCUCCGACCAAGGUACGAGGUGCCCGAGCUGCCUGCCGGCCAGGCCCGAGUUUACCUCCCCGAGCCCCUCCCCCGGCCGGGGGCGGGGUCCAACACGCCCGGCACCGGCACCGGCACCGGCACCAGCGCCAGCGCCAGCGGGAACGGCACUCCUCCCGUGCGCCCGAGGUGGUACAAGCGGGCCUCUGGGCGGCUGCGCGGGCGGGCCCAGUCGCAGAGCCCGAGCGUGGGGCUGCGGGUCUCGAGUGGCGGCGCCAGCGUGCACAGCGCCGGCAGCCCGGACCCCGGGUCCGCGGGUGAUGGGGGCAGCGAGGCCAUGGCGCGGUCCGGCUCUGGCGGGAUCGUUGUCGGGGAUGGGAAGAUAAUUGGGUUUGGGGAGUUGCCUGUCAACAUGGAACUCGCCAGGGAGGCCGUGAGCGCGCCGCCCAUGAGUAGGAGUAGUUCUGGCGGUGUUGGGUUGGGUAUCAUGCAUGAGACGGAGUGA